ACCAGGUGAUAUGCUGCUCAUCAUCUAUCGGUGCCGCCUGCCAGGUGUGGAGGGCGUGGCGAUGGAGGUGGACAAGGGCACCAUGACGGUGGUCGGCCGCUUCGACACCAAGAAGCUGCGGGACCGCGUCGCCAACAAGACCAGGAAGAAGGUCGACCUCGUCGGCAACAACAAUGCCGGCAACAAGGGCGGGGGAGGAGGAGGCGGCAAUAACAACAAGGGAGGAGGAGGCGGCGGCGGCAACCACCAGAAGGGCGCCGCCAGCGAAGAGGACGGCAAGCCGGAGAAAGAUCACGACGGCGACAAGGAAGACAAGUGGAAGGGCAAGGGUGAUCACAAGGAGGAGGACAAGGGGAAGGACAACAAGGGCGGCGGCGGCGGCGGCAAUGGUGAAGGAGGGAAGGGAAAGGGCGGCGGCAAGGACAACAAGAAGCCCGCGGUGCCGGUGGUCGGGACGGUGGUUCUCAAGAUCGGCUCCACGGGGCUUCACUGCGAAGGCUGCAUGAACCGCAUCCGCAGCAAGCUCUUCAAGAUCAAAGGCGUGGAGCAGGUGAAGAUGGACGUGGCCAAGAACCAGGUGACGGUGACGGGGACCAUGGACGCCAAGGCCCUGCCGGAGAAGCUCCACAAGAAGCUGCGGCGCCCCGUGGACGUGGUGCCGGCCAAGGAGGUCAAGGACAAGGACGGAAAGCAGCAGGACGGCGGCGGCAAGGACAAGGACGCGGCGACCAAGAAGCUGACGGCGGAGCUGGAGGCGUGGAAGGCCGCCUUCUACGACCAGCAGUCCCUGACCAACGCCGAGUUCAUGCUCAGCGACGAGAACCCAAAUGCCUGCGCGGUCAUGUGAUUGCUCUGUUCGAUUGAUCCGAUGGAUUCUGUAGGUAGCUAGGAUUCGGAGAACUGAGCCGGACUGACGGUCACAGUCACGGGCUGGUGAAAUAAUCACAGUAGUGAUGCUGAGAAACUAGUGAUAGAUAGUUACAUAGACAGACAGAUGCAGAAUUGCAGAGUGCAAGUUGCAAACUUGUAGACUAUUUCAGCUGAAGUUGGAGCUGAUCACUGCUCUUUUGGGGACUGAUGCUGAUGCAUAUAGUGUAGUGAGUGGUCUUGGAAGAUACUGUAGUAUCUUCUGCUUAUCCUUUUGUGGGGGAUCUGGUAGUGAUUUGUUAUGGACGAGGGGAAGAAAACUUUGUAGCCUGAAA